UAUAAAUACAAAAUAUAAAAAAUUUUUUAGAUAUAGGAAUUUUUUACCAAAAAUAUCUAAAGACAUACAGAACCAGUAAAUCGGAUUUUUAAUUGAUAUAUUUAAUUUCGAUCAUAUGAGAAAAGUUUCUCGACUUUAUUUGAAUAUUUGAAACAUCAAUAGUAUAAAGCGACGUCUAAUCGAUAUCGAAUUAUUCUCUCAUCAUUUGUUACUUGAGGCAUGCGUGUGUGCAUGCAGUUUAAAAGGUGUACGUGAUAACGUGAUUCGCAGGCGUGACAUCCUGUGUGGAAAAAAAGGAAAAUUUUUUUAUUUUUAUCUCAAUUCGUCGCCUAGUGUGGUAAGUGCAUAAAUAAGCGUUAACGUUAAUUAAAAAUAAAUGGACACGAACGUUUAACCUAUCAACGUAUGUAUUGUAUAACCUAUUUCGUGCUGUCCGUUCAUGUUGCAAAAAUGAUAGCGACUUGUGAAAUUUCUCUAUUAUUCAUAAUAAUAGAACUACGAGAAUUACGAAGCUUCAUAGACCAUCGCGAGUAACAACUAACAAGUGUUCUCGUAGCGCGUGGAACGCGAGUACGCGUUUGGUGUUGUAAAUAAGGAGCCGGAUUUCAAUGCCACAUGUCUCACGUUCGAAUCCCUGAAGUAUCGCUUUUUUUCUCCUCAUUUUUUUCCGAUAUUUUUCGCUAUCAAAUUAUUGCGAGACGAGACCCAAACACGUGUUAAACAAUUAAAACACAAUAAUUAUAAUUAUAUAAUUAUGUUGCGAACAUUAAACCUCCUGCCUGAUGUAGCAUAGAAAUUCAGUUUGUUGACAGUUUCCUCGACAUCUAGUCUUUUACUCUGCGAAAGAGAGAGAAUAGACCUCGUCCGACAUGUCAUUCAAGAAAGAUAAAUGUUUAGCUGAGCAUAAAACAUAGGAUGCAUCAUCCAAAAGUGAUACGAGGAUGUUUACUUCUUUUGGCCUUGAAAGACUACAGGAAGUUUGUAUCAAUGAUACAGCUAGUACAUCUACUUCAAACAAAAGUAUUAUUAUUGGAUACGAAGAAGAAAAGCCAUAAUGAAUCACUAACUAUUUAGUAUCCUGACAUUAAAAAUAAUAAGUGCAGGAAAAAACAUCUACAUACGCACACCAAAAGCUACCCACAUGAAAGUAUAUUACCUCGCCCUCAAAGUAAUUUGAAAGAUUUUAUAGAAAUUAACAGAACUGAGAAUAUGGAGCAACAAACAAAUGUAGGGAGGGACAAUGUGGUAGAAAGGGGUGAAACAAGUUUAAGUAGUAGAAACGAAGUACCUGAAUCUUGUAAAUUAGCUUCUGCUUUACAGAAAUCAACCAAAUCAAUAUUUGAAUAUUCUGGUGAAAAAGCAAGUUCAGAUUGCAGACCAAAGACAUUUUCUCAAAAGAAGCUUUUAGCCUCUGUUAAGCAUAAUAAUAAACUGAGAACGUCGCUUGUGGAAGCAAAGGAUGCAGAUGUUUUAUUAGCAUUUGAAGACAACGAUACAAGCAUUGUACAUAAUUCAUGCACAACAGAAGACAAUGUUUGUUUAAUUAAUAAUGAGUACGUACCUGAUAAAAAUAAAAAGGAUUUUCAGCGAAGAAAAAUUAAUGAUUGUACGGUAAUAAUUUACCCAAAUAAUUUUCCCCAAAGAUUAAUCGAUGACGAUGUUUGGUCAACGGAAGUGGAAAGUCAAAUUCUAAAUGAACGGCAUGAUAUUUUAUCGAGUGAAAAAGCCACAGUGAAAAAUCGAGGAACUAAGGAAAUUGAGAAUGGAAUGAGCCCACUACCAGCUGAACCAACGAGAUCACUGCCUUCUGGUUUAAAAACUUCUGUCGAAGAUAAUAACAUAAAGUCAAAAUCAACUAAAAUCAAUGAUAAAUCGCCAAGUUCGUCGCAAUUAUUCUCAGAAGAAAUGCGAUCGACGGUGGUAGAUAAUGAUCGAAAAUUGACGGGAGAAUGUUCGAAACUUACAAUUAAAAAGAAAGUCUCAUUUUAUGAGGAUAUAUAUGAUGUAGGGAAAUUGGUCGACGAAGCAACAAAUGAAAAUACAAUGAAAGCUUCGCGUACUCCUGGGACCAUGGAAAUGCGGAGCUUUCACUGUAAUGAUUUAUCGAAUAAUGCAAUACAUCAAGAUGCAAAUGAUAUAAAUGAAAAACAUGACGAACAGAUCCAGUCACUUGAAGAAUCAAGCGUCAAGAGGAAAAAAGGUAGACCUAUGAAAGAAAAGAACGAGUCCAUAGUUCAAAGCACCUCAAACGAGGGAGGCGAUGAUAUGUCGCGAGGGAUUCUCGAUACCACCAUCGAAUCCGUGACACGUGAAAAAAGACAUAUCAGUCAAAUUAGGAUCACUACCAAUUUUUCCUCAAUGGAAGACACUAUAAGUGACGAGAGCGAAGCUGCGGAGGAGAAAAUUUUUGUCAAAAAACGAGGUCGACCACCCGGUUCCGUAGGCCGAAGUCGGGGUCGCGGCCGAGGUCGUGGACGUGGACGAGGUAGAGGAACGUUCUUUGAUAGCGAGUACAUUCCGAGAUUAACAACAAAAGAUAUUUCUCAGUUGGGAACGAAGGAGAGUGACAUAACAAAUGGUGCUGUUGCAGAUGCAAACGCUUUAAAUGUUGAAAAAAAAAUACAAUUGGUAACUUGCGCCAAGUGUGAGCAACAAAUACCAAAGAAACAAUGGUCUUUACAUAAAUUAAAUCAACAUAACAACAUGGCUUGGCACAAAGAUGAGGAGCCAUUGGAUUUCGAAAAUGAUGAAAAAUUGUUGAAAAGAGUAUUGACUGCUGCUCUUAAACAAAAAAAGAAAUUUCUGGUUUGUGAAACAUGUGAAGAUAUGAAACGGAGUGUCAUUGGUUUUAUAUCUCAUAUGCAAUUUUGUGGUAAAUCAGUAGAAGAAAGGAAAGAGUUAAUGGUAACAUGUUCUAUUUGUAAGGCAAUUAUGGUGCCUGCCUCUGUAGAGGUACAUGAACGCUACCACAGACAGAAAGCAGAAGCAGAACAAAAAGAUAAAGAAAUAAAUAUAUUACCAGAAAAACCUAAACGAAAAGCAGCAGAGAAAGCAAGACCAAAGAUAUUGGAAUUUACUGAAGCUUUUAAAGAACAACACCCGAGCACGAGUAAUGUGAUACGAAUGCCGAAAAAGAAAAAAAUACCAAGCAGUUGGCUAAUUGACUGGAAAAAAGAAUUAGAUUCGGCGAAAGGUAUUGCAUCUUGUAAAUAUCCAGGAUGUAUUUUUACAUGCUCCUCUUAUGAAAUCAUUUGCGAACAUUGCUCUCAAUGUAAUUUUGCCCCACAAAAGAAUUUUAUGUGUAAAAUUUGCAAAUUUUCUGCGGAUUCUAAAAAUAAAAUAAUAAAUCAUAUAACAGAAGCUCAUUCUAGUAACAAUGACUUAGAGAAAUAUUCUGAUUAUGAAAUAGAGGAAGAUGAUUCAUCAGAUGAAAGUAUAUCCGAAUAUGACAAUACAAAGCGAAAGAUUCGUACUCGUCGUUUGUUGAAAACAAAUUCCGAGAGUACAACAGCUUGCAAUAAGAUGCUUUUCUUGGAGAAAGAGAUAACGCAAAGCCCGCAAUCAACAGAAGCUUUUAAACCAGCUAUACGUUGGGCUUUGGAUUUCGAGCUGAAAAAUUAUGAACUGGCAUUGUUCCGAGAUGAUAUGCCGAAUUGUUUUACAUUAUUGGGAAAUAAUAAUGCUGCAACGUAUUUCCCAGAGCUUACGGUUUCGAUGGCCAUCAGACAUGCAGAUGUUAAUUCAUCUGAAAAUGUGGAUUUUGAUAAUGAGAAUUGGAUUCGCAUGAAUAGAUUUUAUGGUGAUGUCUAUAAAGAUGUACCAACAUUUUUUGUUGGCGGUCCUGUAUGGGCGUUAGCGUGGUUACCCAUUCCGUCACCAAUGUAUUCCAAAAACCCGACUCAAUACGUUGCAAUUAGCACACAUCCCACAAUGGAAAGCCAAUAUUCCGUGGGAAGUAAAUAUUCUGGACCAAAUGUCAUACAGAUAUGGGAUGUCGGAUCUUUAAAUCACGAUGAUGGUAGUGCGAUUAGUUCACCCCUUUUAGCUUAUGCGAUUGCACAUAAUAGCGGUACGGUUUGGUGCUUAGAGUGGUGUCCGUCGGGAUGUUAUCAGGAUACCGAACUCGGCAAUUAUAAAACGAAUGAAAAUAAGCUCAGACGAAUGGGAUUACUUGCCGCUGCGUGCUCGGACGGAUGUAUAAAUAUUUAUUCGCUACCAUUCGCGGACGAACUUAAAUUCAAAAAAACAGAAGCUAAUUUGUGGCCGAUUUACAAGACUGAUCCGGUAAUGACAUUGGUCGUAAAUGUUCUUAUGUAUGACGCUGGAAAACAAGACUGGCAGUGCACUAAGCUGUCGUGGACGAGGGAACACGGACAUAGCAUCAUCGCGGCAGGUUUCACAAACGGUUACAUCGGAUUGUGGGAUCUUACGACUACCUCGACUCUGUUGCUCACCGAACGGCAGAAUACAAAAUUUAUAAACACGUUUCAGCAUUUCUUUGCUCAUUAUAACGCGAUUACCAUGGUGGCACUGAUUCCAUACAACAAAAGCCGAUUUCUCGCUUCUGCCAGUACAGAUAAAGCGUAUAAAUUUUGGGAUUUGGAAGAUACUAGUGGACCGCAAUGUUGUACAAAAAAGGGCAUAGUAACGAACGGUGUGUGGAUGACGCAUUGGCCAUGUGCAGUUCUCAGUUUUGAUGAUGCACUUGGGUAUCAAUAUUUGGAUUCCUAUAUAUUGCCACUUAGAGAAUAUGGAUAUAAAUAUUGUCCAAUUUUAACAACCAACUCGCCGACUUAUGGUCUUGCUGUUUCCGAUUAUGCUAAUAGUAUUGCACAUGGCACUUCAGCUGGCGAAGUAAUGACAAUUUUUCCUCACCAAUUAUUGUAUAUAGAAAAGCUAUUGCCUCAGAAAAGACAGUUGAACUCUUUUAUCGAGGCGGUGGAUUUCUUAGAGCAGCAUAACAAAGAUAAUAAAAAUAAAUAUAAAAAGAAAUCCAAUGAGUACCACUACAUGCCAAAUACCUAUGACGAAUGCAAAGAUCGUUUUGGUAUUAUAUUUCACGAUAAUUUAAAGGAUUUAAAGAAAAAUAUUGCUCGAGGUAAACACAAAGAUACUCAGAAUAUUGCAAGAUCUGUUUCUAUUGAGCAAUAUUUAUUUACUUCUGUAAACAGGGUGGCUUGGAAUCCAAAUGCAUGGAGUUAUCUAUGGCUUAUGACGGGUUAUCAAAACGGCUUAGUGAGAUUGUUGAAUUUGAAGUGUAUGUCUAAGCCGCGUGACCUGAACGCUUUACUACCGACACAUGUGCAGUCUAUGCUUGCUAAGAGAGAACAAGUUGAAUAGACAAUCAACAAAAUCAGUCAAAAAUUUCACGAAUCGCUUUGUAUAUAAAAACAAGGCUUGUAUAUGUAAAAUAAACUUUUUUAUGUAUUGCUCAAGAAAAUUUUCUCUGAACGGACUUCACUGGACGGUGAAUUGAGGGACUCACUAUACUCGCCACUUUCGAGACAGGCCUAUUGCCGGCCCUGGAACACAUCUACAUACAAACCGUGACGUAGCGGCGAAGCAUAGCGAAAAAAAAA